GCUAGACAAGCAGUAUGGCGGAAGAGGACGGCACACUCGAGUUAGAGGGGUUUGAGAAACAGCUACGGAGUUUAUUCGGCCGUCACUCGAGUCAUGAGCUGCAGAUCGAAAGUAAACCGUUCUGCUCGGAGUUCUGCAAGCUGGUGGAGGAGUAUACCUGUCUCUGGCAGACACCACUGCCUCAGCUCAGGGUCCUUGAGAUGGCUCUCUGCUACUUUGUUCGAGCCUCCACCUUCCUUCCAACAAACUGUGACCAUGUGCACUACACACUCAACCGUCUGGCAUUGUAA